AUGACUGUGUGCACGGAUUGUGGAGGGACUGUUAUUGAGUACGAUGCAGCUGCCGGUAAUGGCUUUUGUGUCAAAUGCGGAACGGUGGUGGAGGAGAACACCAUAGUUUCAGAGGUCACUUUUGGAGAAACCUCUGCUGGCGCGGCCAUGGUUCAGGGAUCAUACGUCGAUGUUCUGCGGACAAAGAACCUCAGUCUGCCUCUGCCAGCGCAUGCUCGCAUGUCAGGUCCAUUUGGUAAUAGAGGAAGUAAUGAGUCCCGCGAGCAAACUAUCGCGAAUGCUAGCAGAAAGAUUCAGAACUUUGCUGGCGCUCUGCGUUUAUCUGAAAUUGUUUGUCUUGCGGCAACGCGUCUUUACACCCUCGCCGUUGAACACAAGUUUACUAAGGGUCGCAAAAGCAAUAAUGUCGCUGCUGUAAGGAAUGAUGUAUUUGUCGAUACUAGAUCUUAUCUCUAUUUCCAGGUCAAUGUCUUCGAGCUGGGCCACAUAUACCUCCAACUCGUACAGACUUUAAAUUUAAAGCUCCCUCUCGUCGACCCUUCUCAUUACAUCUCCCGUUUCGCAGCGUUGCUCGAGUUUGGCGAAGAAACUCAUAAAGUUGCCACUGAUGCCGUUCGACUUGUACAACGUUUUGACCGUGAUUGGGUCACUCGGGGCCGUCGCCCAGCAGGAAUUUGUGGUGCGGCGCUCCUCCUUGCCGCCCGCAUGAAUAACUUCCGGCGUUCAGUCGAGGAGAUUGUACAAGUGGUGAAGAUCGCUGAUACCACACUAAAGAAACGAUUAGAUGAAUUCAAGAAGACUCCUAGCGGAGGCCUCACGCUUGCCGACUUCAGGACGGUGUGGCUAGAUGAAGAGAUGGAUCCUCCUGCCUUCACAAAAGGAAAGGAGAAAGAAGAGAAAGAGCGGGAAGAGGCUCUUGGUGGACCGAAAGACAAACCCAAGACCCAGAAGCGGAAAGGCAAACGGAAAAGGAGAGGUAGCGAAUCUGAGGGGGAACGGGUGGAACUGGCACCGCCUGUGGAGGAGAUCCCACCUCAGAUACCCAUAAUUGACCCAGCCCUGUUCAAUCAGGGUAUCCUUUCCGGAACAUCUGAGCCGGCGCCGCUGUUUUACCCGGACGAAACCGAGGAAGUCUAUGCCAAUAUUGAUCCCGCUUUACGUCCGGCGUCAAAUGUGAUAUCUCCCGAACUUGAUUCAUCAACAGUGGCUGCCAUCGAUGACACUGUUGAUCAGGCCCUCGCCGAUGAAGUUGCUAGUUUCUUGCAAAAUACGCAGGGCUCACUUCUUCUUGACGCUCUGGACGAAGCUGAGCAGCGCCGACAGGCCCAGUUUGCCGAAGUCGAUGAUUUGCUAGGAUUGGAUGAGGACGAGCUUGACAAAUUUCUCCUCACCGAAGAGGAGGUAAAAGUCAAGGAACGCGUCUGGGUGGAGAUAAACCGGGAUUAUUUGGAGGCGUUAGCUGCCAAGGGCGAACCAGCUGAUGUCAAUCAACCUAAAAGUCGGAAGCGUCGCAAAACCAGCACGAAACCGCGUGACGACUCAAUUCCGUCUGGAAAUACAGCAGCCGAAUCAGUGCGGAAUCUCAUCAAGAAAAAUUACAAGUACAGUAAACGUAUCAAUUACGAUGCACUCAAGGACCUUUUUGUUGAUGGACCUCAAGCUCCAUCCCUCGAUGACAAGGACAAUUUAUAUACUAUGGAUGAUAAGAGCGACGGAGAAGGCAUGAUAGUUCUUGAGGAAGACGGCGGGGGCAUUGGAAGUCAACGACCAGCGCCCCGGCCGCGUCGAGAAGAACAAGGUGAGGAAGGAGAGGAUGACGAGAGUGAAAAAGGCGACGAUCAUGUCACUGAUGUGGGAUGGGAAGAUGCGUACGAGCAAGAAGUCUAAAUGAUAUCCUUCACCUAGUGUCAAGGAUCUGCAUGCUCGUCGUAGAUGUGUGCAAGAAUCCAAAUAAUACAUGUGCCUCUGUAUUGUAAAAUAAACGUAAGUCGUCCAAGUAGCAGACGUUUUGAAUGUGAUCUAGGGGGGUUCCAUGGGACGCAUCUAACAUGCUGAAAGUGCAAGCGAAAGGAAGAAACGGACUAGAUAUCCUGCUGCUCUAUGAUGGUGCAGUCUGUUGUUCCUUGGCCUCCCACAUUGUUCUGAGCACGUCCGAAAAUCCAGCUUUACCUGAAAUAGC